UUAGAAUUUGUCUCAUGAAUAAAUACAAUGGGUUCUUCUUUUCCCAAGACUUGCAUCAGUGGUGUCGUAGUAGCGUAAGCGCUUUAGUUGUGGGAAAUUAUGUGUUCUAUUUACGGUCGUGCAACCUAAAGACAUGAAAGUAUGUAUUAAAACGCAUGCGGUAUAAAGAGAUGAUAGCAGACUAGUAGUCUCGCAGUCAAAAUGAUGUAUCCAUGUAUUAUGACAAGUGUUCCAGCGGACUCUUAAUUUUUGAACUAGAACAUAAGGUAUUGAGCUUAUCUUGUGGUCUAACUAGGGUCAUAUCACAUUCAUAUUUGUUCAUAUGAUAUUUGCCACUGGACAUUUAUUACAAAUUCAUCGUCAUUUAAUUUUGUUAUUAACUUCACUGAACCUCAGUUUUCUUACCCCUCAAAGAAAUAAGUCAUUUCAUUGGUUGAAUUCCCAGAAUGCAUUAAAUUCUGAAACGGUGAAUUUACCGUACAGAAAAUUCAAAGACAAAUGAAUCCUUACAUGUCCCAAGGUUCCAGUAUAAAACGUACUUCAUUUUCAAUCUGUCUUAAGCCUUUCCUUGACCAGUGUUUUAUAUUUUGCAACCUCGUUUAUAUAUGACCAGUAGUAAAAUUAUCUUGAUCUUUGACAACAUAAAAUUGACCAAUAUAACAUUUAAAGUUAAAUACAUUUUUGUAUUUUGAUAGUGUAAAAAAAGAAAAAAAAGUUGUAAUCGAUAUAUAUAAAAGUUUUUUAAAUUAUUAAAAGGAUAUUGUGUGACAUUUUAAAUCAACGAAAAGAAGAGGAAAACAAAUCUCAUUUUUUCAAUAAUGAUUUUGAUUUCUUUUGUCUCUUUUUUUUUUUUUGCUUCAGCUGAAAAAUGUGAAACAUUUUAUUGGAAAAGUAAAUGUUACAGCAAACCUUGUUCAUGUUGUUCCAGUUCCAGUGGAAGCUGGUAUAUAACAAGGAUCUGCAACGAAUGUUGUGAAAAGAAUGGUAACAAGUUUUGUGUUCCUGAUGUAUUCUAUCACAGAUGUGAACCAGCAAGCACGACUUCAGAUAGACCAUAUACAACACAAACACCAUUAAACAGCACGGAUCAAUAUUCCUCGAAUAGCAGCAAACGUCCCUUUGGUGUUUCUCUUUAUGUUUGCUUUGUCAUUGUGGCAAUAUCUGGCAUUAUUCUACUUAUAACUAUUGUGUUUGUGAGUUGGCGAUGGAUAAGAAAGCUACUAAGACAUGUACGAAGGAAUGUCCCAUACACCUCCACAAAUACACAGACAGACAGGAAUAAUGGAUGGAUACAACAGAAUCCGAUAUAUAAUAUAGGAGACGGAGACACAACAACACCUGCUGUCCUACCACCUGUUUAUUCAAUUGGCAGUUAUAAUUGCGCCCGAAAUGUGACCAAUGGUGAUCUACAGAAUGACCCACCACCUGUUUAUACAAAUAGCAGUUACAAUUGCGCCCAAAUUGUGACCAAUGAUGAUCUACAAAAUGACCCACCACCUGUUUAUAUAAAUAGCAGUUACAAUUGCACCCAAAAUAUGACUAAUGGUGAUCUACAGAAUGACCCACCACCUGUUUAUACAAAUGGCAGUUUCAAACAGAAUUACCCACCACCUGUUUAUACAAAUGGCAGUUUCAAUUGCGCCCAAAAUGUGACCAAUGAUGAUCUACAAAAUGACCCACCACCUGUUUAUACAGAUGGCAGUUACAAUUGCACCCAAAAUAUGACUAAUGGUGAUCUACAGAAUGACCCACUACCUGUUUGUACAAAUAGCAGUUACAUAUGCGCCCAAAAUGUGACCAAUGAUAAUCUACAAAAUUACUCACAACCACUUUUUUCAUAGUAUACUGUUUCAGAUCAAUUGAGUAGGGAAAUAUUAUGAUAAAGCUGGUAAAGAACAGCAAUGUUUUCAUAAACAGAGUAAGGAAAUUCACAUUAAGCAAAGCAUAUUUUAAUAAAAUCGGGAAUGUUAAAAUACUCUUGCUAGCUUUAAAUGUGUUAAUGAGAUAGGUAGUUUUCGUUCUUGGUAUUAGUUUAACGACUAAUUAAUGAUUUCCCUAAAUGAACAAAAAAGAAUUGAAAAAGAGACAAUAUUUAAAAGCAACUGGACUCAUAUAUGUAAUAAUCAAAAUAAUUCUGACUCUAUUUCAGUCUUCGCCAGCAUAACAUUUAUUUUAACCGUAAUGGCGCAUUGUUAGUAAGAUGGUGAUAUUAAGUACGGAAUCAUUAGAGGCACACAACGUGAAUUUUUUUUUUAUAAUACUGUGUUCCAAAUUGUUGCGCUUUUACAUGGUUGAAUAUGGAAUUUCAGUCAGAACAUGGAAUUAUAGAUACUUGUGAUACAAGUGCCAUCGUAUUGUAACAGUUAAAAGUAUUGCACCGUUGUAAUCAUUUUACAAACAUAUUUUGAAAUAAAGUGAUUUUCUGACAAUUCUUCAAACAAAUAUUAUUUUGUGUGCUCCUUUGGUUUUCCGAUGGUAGAGAUAACAAUGCUGAGUUUUGAAAACAAAAGAAAAUGUUACAUUCUCCAACUUUUAAUGUUAUGCAUGUGCCUGUCCAAAGUGAUUAAGAGAGGCCAAAGAUACUAAAGUAAUAUUCAAACUAAUUAAUCGAAAACCAACGGACAAUAUGUCAUGGCAAAAAACGAAGAACGACUAAAAGACAAUCAACAUUGUACAAAACAUAUUCACUUCAUCCGUUGAUUUAUUUUAGGGUUUGGGGUUAUAUCUUAAGAAGAGGAAAAUUUAAGAGCGUAAUCUAUUUAGUAGGCAUCUGUGCAUGGUUUAUCGCUCUAUAUUGACGUUGUUGUCAGUUACCUAUUGUAAGGAUUGGUUGCUGUUUAAGUGACGUAGACGUCGGCUCCUAUUUUUUUAAAUCCCACAGUUUAUCUAUUAUACAUGUAUAUUAUGUACUUUACUAUUGCAAUAAAGAAAAUGAUUUUAAUUUUUA